CACACUCACCUUCAGCUUGUUCGACAUGGACAAAUUCGACGAAGCUACUCAGAGAGAAAUCGCCCAGUUCCUUGAGAAGGAACAAGCAGGACAACGAGUCCAACAAGCCGUGCACAACUUCACCUCCACAUGCUGGGACAAAUGCGUAACCGGCACUCCCUCGACCCGUUUCUCCCGCUCUGAGGAAACCUGUCUCUCAAAUUGCGUCGAACGAUUCCUCGACUCCAGCAUCUUCCUCGUCAAGUCUCUCGAACGUCAGCGCGAGGCUUACGCGGCCGCCGCAGCUCAAGCUCAAGCUCAAGAAUGAUGGGAAAACGAGUCGAGUUAAUUUUUGUACUUGCUCACAAAAGCACCGACGAUCACAUUAGAAUGCGCUAGAAGACCGCCUUCGAGCACACGUUUGUUCACUUCGCCGCUUCCUCGCACUCAUAAUCCUCGCAUCCUGUACCUUCGCACUCCACCGCAUACAAAUCUAGGCGUACUUUUGUUCUCGCUUCCAUGCAGUCGCUAAUAUCGUCAAUAAUAAUCCUCGC